AUGAAGAAAUCACAGUUACAAGAAAUGACCUUCGGUAAGAAGUCUGGCGAACAUGAAGAUAUGACAGAAGUCGUCCAGGGUUGGGAUAAUCGCAUCAAAGAAUUUGAAGAACAUUCUGCCCAGGUCAGAUCAAAAUCAAAGGUUCAGAAGAAAUCACCAAAGAAAGAUACACUACCAUCUGAUACAGACCCUAAUUUUACAUACGGUAUGUCAACACAUGAUAUUGAUGUUCGUGCCGAUCCAUUCCUUCACUCCAAUGCUGUUAUUGCUCAGCGUAUGACUAAGCAAGAAGAAGAGGAGAAGCGUGCUGCUGCAAAGGCCGAGCUUACUGGCGGAAAGAACAAGAAGAAGAUCGACCCAUUACGUCCAACAGCCGCAUCUAUUGGACAUACUAAGCAUGCACCUACAGAACCAGCUCUUAAGGAUACAUUUAAGAUGAAAAGAUUUACAAAUAAGGAACAUGGUGUUAUUUAUCACGAAGUCCAAAAACAGAAGGAAGCAGAUCAAAAGGCUAAGGAAGCCCUCAAAGAAAAAGCUCAAUAA